CUGCGGCCGCUCCCUGGGGCGGCUCCGCGGCGGUGGCAGAGGCGAUCGCGCCGUGCACAGCCUCUGCCGCUCCUGCCGCUCUUCUCCUGUUCCUCCGACCCCUCCGCGGCCUCGGUAUGUCGUCGGGCGGCAGCCUGAGUACCAUGCAGCGGCUAGUGGAGCAGCUGAAGUUGGAGGCAGCCGUGGAGAGGAUCAAGGUCUCUCAGGCAGCUGCAGAACUCCAGCAGUACUGUAUGCAAAAUGCCUGCAAAGAUGCCUUGCUUGUUGGGGUUCCUGCUGGGAGCAAUCCCUUUCGUGAACCCCGAUCCUGUGCUCUACUCUAAAAUCAGGGAAGGUCGUCGGAGAGUUGCCUUCAAGCAUGACAUGAAUAACAACUGGCUUUCCUCCACAAGAAAAGUCUCUCUCUGUGUCCUAACUUUCGUGAGGCUAAAACAAUGCCCUAGAUAUUUAUGUUUGUUCUUGUGUCUCUGUACUUCACUGUAUUUUGCUAACGUUCUGAAAGUUUUUUUAAUAUAACUCUUACUCUUUCCAUAAUUGUUACUGUUGUUACUAUGCUGUGCUAACUACACAGAUACUGCCUGAGAAGUUUACAUGUUAGAAAACACAGAUUUUUACCUAAUUACUCCUGUGUUGGUAAAAUGUUAACACCAGAAUGAUAGCAAAAACUAUUUGUCUUUUCCAAAGGAAAACAUCCCAGAAGUGAAUCCUUGAUGUAUAAAAUUAAAUGUUAAUACUGGAGUGAUGUUCUUGGGGAAAAUCUUCCUUCUGUUAGCAAAACCUGGAACCAACUACUUUUUUUUUUUUUCCCAAGUGCAUCCAAGUCACACCCAUGAGAAACUGAUGGACGUAAUGUGUAGCACAGGCUUGAUUCCUAAGGCAUGUUUCUUAUAAAACUUCUCAUCUGUAAUACUUGUGCUAAUUUAUAUUUGUAAAGGUACUGCCCUGGUGGAAUUUCCUUCUGUCAUGGUCUAUGCCCACCUACCUGGCAUGAAACACAGUGCACAGCCACUUGCUCAAUUCUCUGCCACUUCAGUGGAAUGGCAAGAAGACAGAACAAAUGGCUGAACAGUUGAGGCGAAGGACAAGGAGGGCUCACUCAGCGAUUAUGGUCAUGGACAAAAGAUUCAACUUGGGGAAAGCAACAUCAGCAUAUAAAAAAAAAAAAAAAAUCACCACUUCACCAGUUCAGAGUAAUGAGAAAUACAACCAGAUCUUAAAAACAUUGUCUCUGUACCCCUCCCUUGUUCCCAAGCUUAUCUCUGCUCCUCUGCACACAACCUUCUCCCUUCAGCCAGUUCUCACCCCACCUCACUGUCUCCUUGUCUAACCCAUUGUGCCUAGGCUUACUUAAGAGGAUGUUAUAAGAGACAGUGUCAGAUACCUUACUGAAGUUGAGGUGGACAACAUCGACUGCUUUGUCCUCAUCUACCCACCUGGUCAUGCCAUCCUAGAAGGCUAUUGGAUUGUCCAAGCAUGAUUUCUGUUGGGUGAAUCCAUGCUACCAGUCCUGAUAACCUUGCUUUUUCUCCAAGUGCUCAGUCAUGACAUUGAGGACAAACUCUUCCAUCAGUUCCAGAGAAAUUCCAGAGAUAGAGGUCAGGCUGACUGGCCCAUAGUUUACCAGGUCCUCCUUGUCUUUUUUGAAGACUGGGAUGACACUGGCUUUCCUCCAGUCCUCAGGCACAUGUCCUAUUCUCCAUGACCCUUCAAAGAUGAUGUAGAGUGGCUUAGCAAUAACCUUAGCCAGAUUCCUCAGCAUUUGUGGGUGCAUGCCAUUGGGGCCCAUGGAUCUGUGGGUGUCCAGCUUGCCUGACUGAUCUCUGAUCCUUCCUCAAACAUGGGAAAGUCUUUCUCCAGACUUUCUUUUAUCUCCAGGGUCUGGGAUUCUUGAGGGCUGGUUUAAGCAGUAAAGACUGAAGCAAAGAAGGCAUUUUGUGGAUGAGGUACCCAUCUCAUACACGAAUGGUCUCACAUUUUCCUCAGAGUCCUCCCCUGGUGCAAUGUGGUGUCCAUCCAAUGGGAGGCAGUGCUUUGUGAACUUCUCCUACCAGUGCUGGGCUCUUCCAUGGGCUGUGGUUCUCAAGUGAGAAAGAACUCCAACACAGCCUUUUCUCAAGACUGUGGGGUCCUCCACGGGCUACAAAUGGGAUUCUGCCUCACCACUGACUUCUGAAGGCUGCAAGGACUCAGUCUGCCAUCUCACCAUGGCCUGAAGGGCAAUGGUAGCUUUGGCAUGCCUCCUCACCUCCCUCCUCACUGAUACUGUCUGCAUGAUUGUCUUACUCAUGGCCCACUCCUCUUCAAAAGUACCUGCCCAACAGGUUUUUCAGCUCUUUAAUAGGCUAUUGCAGAGGCAGUGAUUCGCUUGGCCCUGGCCAGAGGUGAGUCCAGCUUGAACUCAAAACUUCUCAAAACUUCUUACAGGAGCCACACAAAUACUGCACCACUCCCUCUUCCCCAAACUUUGCCAGACACAAACUCAGCACACCCUGAUACAUUUAAAAUGUGACUGAAAAGACACUAGAAGUCCAUGAACACUGAAAAGUAGCUGCAUGCAUAAUUGUCAAGGUUUGCAAUACACAAAACUUAGUAAAAUGUGCUUGAUCAUUUGCCUUCAGGUUUUUAUAGAACACUUUUACAAGGACAACUGAACUUUUGUAACAGGUUUUUAGUUUUGCCUACUUUCUAUUGUUUGUAUUAAUAUUUUAGAAGUUUGGAAAUAAAAUUCCUUCCCCUACUGA